UGUUGGCACGUAAUUGUCCUCUAAAAUUGAAUAAUUGCUAAAAUCGGGUUAUAAUGGUGAAUGAGUAGAAUGAUCUAAUUCCGCCUGGGGGUGGGGUAGUGACGUCACCAGACUGGUAUUUUCUAGACGCACCGAGGCCGUUCCUCCCAUAUGUGACGUAACGCGUGUAGGUGCUACGCACAGCCUCCUGUCCAACCAUCGACAUUAAUAUAGGUCCAAACGGCAGUUUGUUUACCUGCUGCAACACCGGAGCCGCGAACGUGGAGGCUAACGGCGACUAUUUACGGAGGGGCUUCAUUUUGCGUCAGAACGUGAGACGUAAAGUGAAGUGGGCGGUGGGGCAGCAGCCGAGUAGAGGAAAAUAAUUUUUCUCUUAAACGACGAGCAGCUCGAUUACUUCUGUCUGGACCAAAAAGACUCGAACGGGAGGUGUUUUGAGGAGGUGACAUGGUGGACUACUAUAAGAUCCUGGGAGUUCCCAGAACAGCCACUCAAGAUGAUAUCAAGAAGGCGUACAGAAAACUGGCAUUAAAAUGGCAUCCUGAUAAAAAUCCAGACAACAAGGAGGAGGCGGAGGGAAAGUUCAAAGAACUGGCCGAGGCCUACGAAGUCCUGUCUGACAAAAGCAGGCGAGAUGCUUAUGACAGAUACGGAAAUGACAGGGUGCAUCAUUCAGAUUCGUCCAGCUCGGACUUCUCAGAUUUCCCAGGAUUCACGUUUACAUUCCGCAGCCCAGACGAGGUGUUCCGAGACUUCUUUGGUGGACAGGAUCCCUUCGCCAGCUUUUUUGAUGACUUCCCACCAUUUGGAGGCUCCUCCCGCCUCGGUCCCAGUCGAUUCUUCUCUUUUCCUUCAUCUGGAGGUGAAUUUAGCUCUUUUUCCUCCUCCUUUGGUGGUCUGGAUGGGAUGGACAGCAUGAGAGGUGGGAUGGGUAACUUUAAAUCCAUUUCUACCUCCACUCGCAUCAUAAAUGGAAAACGGACUACCACUAAAACAAUAAGGGAAAACGGGAAAGAGAGAGUAGAGGUAGAGGAGGAUGGAGUCCUAAAGAGUAUUCGAGUUGAUGGUGUGGAGGAUGAGAUGGCCCUCGCUCUGGAGCUUAGCCGAAGGGAAAGCCAGCCCCAUCAGUCCUCUCAGAAGCCACAAAUCCAGAACAGAUCGGCCGGCAUGUCUGAAAGAUACCGCUCCAGUCCUUACACUGUGCCAGCCCAGCAGUCGUUUGGUGCCGCCCCCGUCUACCAGUACGAGGGCGCAGAAUGCAGUGACGACGAGGACGAGGAGCUUCAGAUGGCUUUGGCAUGCAGCUUGUCAGAAAUGGAGGCUCAACAGAGAGCCGGUGCUACUGACGUCAUAUCAGGUGCUGGGGGAAGGGGAAGACCCGAGUGUAACAAAACUGGGGGCCACAAAGAAGGGGGGGUUGCUAACGGGAAAAAUGCUAAUUUGUCUAAUGAUUACAAGGUAAUUGCUGGAGAGAAAGGAAGUCACUUUAAAGCAAAUUCGGGGCCUGGAGGUAGUUGGGAAACGGAGAAAAAUGGAACUGGAGAGCCAGCCUUCUCUUCCGAGACACCCACACGGCCGCGCGGUUCCGGCACAGAGAAGCUCAAACCUGCCAAAACUAACUCUGAAAGCAGCAUCAGAAAGAAAAAGUGUGGCUGUGUUGUCUGCUAGUCCAGUGAAUCCUUUCAUUGGCUUUAGCAAACAGCCUGACUCUGAUUUUAUAAAUCCUGUCAUUAAACACAAAAUCAGAGCAUUUUUUAAUCUUCACUGUCAAGAGAAAGGCUAUUAUAAGAAGCGUUACUACAGCGAAGUGUGUUUGUGGUUGUUUGUGUGCUCGGUGUUGGGUCGGCUGACUCUGGCAACUCAAGCUAGGCUGGAACGAUGAAAUGAGACAGAGAAGGAGAAGAAGGCCUCCGUGAAACUUCACUUCUAUAAAAUGCACACUCCCACUAGAUUUGUAAAAAUAACUGCCUUACUGUUAUUAUAGUUAUAUUUACUGUGGGAUUUUUUGAAAUAUUAUCAAAUGCAAAAAAAAAAAAAAAUCAAGUCUUAAUGCACUUUCAUUAAUAUAUGUUUGGAUGCAUUUGCAAAUUGUUUUCGAAUAAGGCACUAAAUCUUAAAGCCUUUACUCUUUUAUACAUUUAUAUGUUUGAAUUACAUAUUUAUUUUUUAUAAUUAUCACUGAUUCUAGUUGUUUGGGAUUCCCCGUCAAUUUAAAUGUUUUUUAGAAAAAAAAUAUAAGGAUCUAUUUGAUCAUUUGAACAAAAGUUGGAGAGAUACAUUUUAUUAUUAUUUUUAAAAAAUAUUUCUGAUGCUGCUCAGACACAAACAUUAAACCCACUUUUAUGGGGUGGUUGUGGCUCAAAGAGGACGGCUGAAAGUUCCUGGUUCAACCCCCAACUUCCCUAGAUGUCUCGGUUUUGAGCAAGAUACCAACCCGGAUUUUUGUGUCUGCCUUGUUGUGUGUUUAUUAUUCAAAAUUAUAGAACAAAUGUAGAUAUUUUUAUUCCAGAUUCUAAAGAAUGCUCGCUAAGGCUUUAAGGCUCUGCUGAGAUCAGCCACAGCUACUCAGAGUAAUCCAGGAAUGUAAAACGAACAAAGAUUGUGUUUAUGUGAGCGAGGGCAAACUUGGUGUUGAUUAACAAAACCUAAAAUUGCCUUUUUAAAACCUCCUAUGAGGUUUUUUAUUUAGUAACGGCAUUAAGUGUGAGUUGCUAUAUCUGUGAGGAAACCUCUAAAUUCAGGAAAAUGUGUUUGUGCCAAAGCUCAGAAGCAUUAAAAUAAUAAAUGACAGUAUUACCGUGUUAAAAAUACCUUUUGCUACUCCUAAAGUCAUGUAGCUCAAUCAGCAAUAAGUGUUUUUGUGUGUUUUUUAUUCAUAACCAAAUAUAUAAAAAUGUUUUUACAAUAGCAUGAGUGUUGCUUUAAUGAUAACACGGAGGAUCACUGGCAAAUAUUAAGCCAAUUCACUUAUUUAUCAUCCCUCCCCUUUUGAUACUGAGGUGGAGGACAGGGAAUAAAAAGGGAAAUAAGCAAAUAAAAUAUUUUAUAAAUGCAGAUCAGCUUGUACUUGUAGUCUGCUGCAUAUGUGUGUUUUCUCGUUGCAAAUUGUUAAAUGCAAAUUGUUAAAUGCUACAUAACUAAUAAAGUUUGAGCCUAAAGAUGAGUUGGAGUUCUUCUUAAACUAACAUCCGCAGAGGAAUUUGGGAUUGGCUUCUCGCAUUGCUGCAAACGACUGAAACACACUUAAUGACGAGGGUUGCUGUGCAGAAGUCAAAGUUCUCUUCAUCAAAUCAAUUAACUCUGUUUUUAUAGGCAAAUACUCAGAAGCUUGUGCUAGAAUUUGAUUUUUAUCUGCUAACAUUCUGAAACAUGAUUUGGACUUGUGUCUUACACAUCCUGCUUCCUGUUUCAGAGUCAGACUGCAAGGCCUUCACAAGCUAACCUGAUUGGCUCAUGCUGCUCUGUGCCCUUAAACCCGACGAGGAGGUAAAAAACGACCAGUGUGAAUCUUAGUCGUUCAUAUUUAGUUGAAAUCUAAAUUAAAUGAAUCAGAUUGUUCACAGAAGUGAAGUGUUGCUCUUCUUGUACAUCUGUUUACGCAGAUCAGUUUGCUACGGUGCACUUUUUCCUGUCUGACGGCCUCUACAAGCUGAACGAAUCUUAAAUCAUAUCUAUUUAUUUUGAAUACAUGUGUCUGUAUGUAGCUUGUAGUGGAACUUAAAGUGGGAAAUUGGAAAGCAAAACGAAAGUUUUGUGUAACAUUUGUGAUUAUGUAAUUAAGUAAAUAUGAAAGAUUUUGUGCAAAGGCUUGAAAGUUACCAGAAUGGAGGAGAUUUUCUCUGUUAACGUGUUAUUUUCUCUUACUGAAUGUGUUGUUGUUUUUCUUGUAAGAAGGAGGUUGGAAUUAAAUAAAAAGCCCAAAAAUCA